AUGCCAGACACAGUAACCCUACACACCUAUUUCCGGUCCUCCUGCUCCGCCCGACUACGCAUAGCCCUCCAUCUAAAGAACAUCCCCUUCAAGCCAGUCUACGUGAACCUCCUGAAAGGCGAACAAUCAUCCCCAGCCCACCUAGCCAUCAACCCAUCCGGCACGGUUCCCGCCCUCGUCAUCGAGCGUGAUUCCCAAGACCCCAUAACAAUCACCCAGUCACUCGCAGCACUUGAGUACCUCGAUGAAGCAUUCCCAGAGGGCCCGGCCCUGCUACCUCCAGUCUCGGACGCAGAGGGUCGCGCUCUGGUGCGCACCUUGGCGCAGAUAAUCGGGUGUGAUAUCCAGCCUGUGACGAACUUGAGGAUUCUCAAGCGGGUUGCUCCGUUGGGUGCGGAUCGAGCGGGGUGGUCGAAGGAGUUGUUUGAGGAUGGGUUCAGGGCUUAUGAGGCUGUUGUUGCUAGGUCGUCGGGUAGAUUCAGCGUUGGGGAUCAGAUCACGUUGGCUGAUGUGUGUUUGAUUCCGGCUGCUUGGGCUGCCGAGAGGGUUGGGGUGGAUAUUGGGCUGUUCCCUGUGACGAAUUCGAUUGUGAAGAAUUUGGAGAAAGAGGAGGCAGUUAGGCUUGGUCAUUGGAAGACUCAGGAGGAUACCCCCGAGGACCUUCGGUGA